GCGUGCGACAUCAAUUGCAGAAGCUCCUCUCUGCUCCCGCUCAUCCCAAACAAGCUUACGAAAACGUUAUUGACAAUGUCUGCUACAACUACCGAAGGAGCCGUGAGAGUUCGUUUUGUCGGUGACGAUGAUGUUAUCGAACACAUAUAUAACCUCUCAGAUGCAAGCAAGAGAAAGAAAAAAGUUGCAUCAAAGGGGUCUGUAGCAGAGCCAUCUGUGGCCGAUGAGCCGCCACUGGUUGCUGGCGUGAAACAGGAAGAGACGCCGAUCCCCGCAGGUCUCCACGCCACCAGUGACACAUUAACAGGGCGCCAAGUGUUUAACCUUACGUGCACACCAAAAGCCAAGCAUGUGGUUAAGGCAGCUUCAAAGACGCCAAGCAGAGAGCCAAGGAAGGGCUCGUGCAGUACACCUCGCCAGCCUGUCACCCCUAAGUCGCCUUACUCACUCAGAAGAAAAAUCAAGCAGAAAUUGUCUAAGAUGAAGGAUGAAGAGGAAACGUCUUCUGGUGACUCGGAGAGUGAACGAUCAUCUGAGGACGAUGAGGAUGAAGAAUCUCAAAAGAUUGGCCUUGGCAAAUACAACAGUUAUUUUACAAGUAACUCAAGAUUCAAGACUUCCAACCACACACUAACCAAGCUUGGCAGGCCUGUAAUGGCACCAGAUGAGAUUAACAGCACAUUGGAAAAGGUGAACGACCUCCACGUCAAGCAUCGGGCUAAGCUGCUUGUGAAUUACCACUCUUGCUUUGCACACUGGCUGGCACUCUUAAGGGAGGGCUUCACUAUCCUGCUUCAUGGGCCUGGAUCAAAACUGAAACUUCUACAAAGGUUCAAGGAAGCUGUGCUGACCGACUUUGCAAGCAUCACUGUCAAUGGAUUCAACCCUUCACUAUCCUACACAGAGAUUCUUCAGAGCAUCCUCCAGUGUAUCCCGAGUAGUGAUGGAGCAUCAUUUCUUGGAUCAACAUCGGUGGAUCACAUAGUUGAACAUUUCUCAAAAAAUGAUGCAGACGACCUUUUCAUUCUGGUCAACAACAUUGAUGGUUUGGGCUUGAGGAGCGCAAAAGCUCAAGAAAUACUCUGCACACUCUCAACAGCUUGCCACAUUCACAUAAUUGCUUCACUGGACCACAUCAACGCUGCUUUAUUGUGGAAUCAGGAGACUUCACGGAGGUUCCGUUUCGUAUGGAUUAAUGCCACGACAUUUGAACCUUAUGUACUGGAAUCCAGCUUGGAACCCCUCAAGAGCUCCGCCUCCAACGCACUCAGUUCGCUGAAGCACGUCUUCUGCAGUUUGACUCCAAAUGCGCGCAAGAUAUUCCUCCUCAUUGCACGACAUCAGCUUGACAACGCAGAGUCACCAUUUUUCGCAGGAAUGUCUUUUCAUGACUGCUACCACCGUUGCCGGGAGGCUUUCCUCGUCAACAGUGACCUCACACUUCGAGCACAGCUGAGGGAGUUCCUCGACCACAUGUUGUUGAAAAUCAAGAAGGGCCACGAUGGCACAGAGAACUUGCUGAUCCCCAUCGAGGCUGGAGCCCUGACACUAUUUCUCGACCAGCAAGAAGAAGACGGCACCUUCUAAGUGGAGGCCCCGGAGAGCACAUCUGGAGCCCAUUUUCGUGUGUUGCUGCCGCAACCCUUACGUAUUGUACAUACAAGUUUUGUAAGUUAAGUUCUUGAUAAUGCUGCGUUUUACUGUUUUUACAUCGAAGGCCAAUAAACCCUAUUUUUAUUA